GAACGUCUAUAAGAAAGGUCAUUUUCCAACUCAUCCUGUCUGAUGCGAGGCAGUCAUGGCUGUUCGGAAACUGUAUGGAGCCCUUGAUUCCCCUUCCACCAUGCGAGCCCUGGCUUCUCUUUUCGAGCACGACGUCGAGUUUGAGCUCAUUCCCGUCGACUUCCAGGCCGGAGAGCUCAAAAAGAUGCCUUCCCUCUCCCCCUUUGGCGAGCUUCCGGUCUUUCAAGAGGGGGACUUGACUCUUUUCGAGUCGAGGACGAUCAUGAGGUACAUAUCGCAUGAGUAUGGGAAGCGUGGGGAAGAGCAGGUUUACGAGAUACCGAAGCUGCAAGGAAUAGCGGCGGCAUGGAUAGAUGUUGAGGACCACCAGUUCGAUCCUCCAGCUUCAAAGCUGAUAUGGGAGCUGGUUUUCAAGCCCCAGAAGGGUCUGCCGACGGAUGAAGGUGUGGUGGAAGAAGAAGAGGCGAAGCUAGUGAAGGUGUUGGAUGUGUACGAAGAGAGGCUCAGCAAUUCCGUCUUCUUGGGAGGAGAUAAGUUCACUUCAGCUGAUCUGACUCACAUCCCAUCCUUGUACUUGUUGAUGAAGACUCCGGUGAAGCGGCUGUUCGAGGAGCGGCCUCGUGUGAGGGCUUGGUACAGGGGCGUCAUGUCCAGGCCAGGCUGGGAAAAGAUGGUGGAGAUGGUUGAGAAAGUUCGAGCUUAGGGAGCUUUUGAAACAAUUACCUGAGAUUCUUCUUCUUCUUCUAGCAUUGCUUGAUCCAUUCUCAUCGGAUUCUCCCAGCUUUUGGACUGGUAUGAUUGUUUGUAUUAUUGUGCUCCAGGGACAGUACUGAACUUUUCUGCUUUAUAAGUCCAUUUAAUUUAAAGGUACAAUUAUGCUUUUCAA